GCGCUGGUGCCCGGCGUAGGCGCGGUGCGGAGCCGCAGCUGCUGCCCGCCUUCUCCCAUGGCCGACAUGGAGCUCUUCGGUACCCAGCAGCCGCAGCAGCCCCCGGCCGGGAACGGCGCGACCGACGGCGGCGAGGAGGAUCCCGCGGCCGCUUUCUUGGCGCAGCAGGAGAACGAGAUCGCGGGCAUCGAGAACGACGAGGGCUACGGCAUCCUGGAGAACGGCGAGGUGCCCGAGGCGCUGCAGGGUCCCGAGGGCCUCGGCGCGGAUGCUGUUGAUGGAGUGGUUAACGGGGAUGUCUAUCAGGAGAGUAAUGGUCCCACAGACUGCUAUGCUGCCAUCUCCCAAGCAGAUCGAUUGCAGUCUGAACCAGAAAGUAUUCGUAAGUGGAGAGAGGAGCAAAAGGAGCGCUUGGAACAACUUGAUGCAAACUCACGAAAGCAGGAAGCAGAAUGGAAAGAGAAAGCAAUAAAGGAGUUGGAAGAGUGGUAUGCAAGGCAAGAUGAAAAACUUGAGAAGACAAAAGCCAGUAACAGGGUGGCAGAUGAAGCUUUCUACAAACAACCCUUCGCUGACGUGAUUGGUUAUGUCACAAACAUAAAUCAUCCUUGCUACAGCCUAGAACAGGCAGCUGAAGAAGCCUUUGUGAAUGAUGCAGAAGAAGUGUUUCCGGGCACUGAGUGGGAACGUGUGGCUCAGCUCUGUGACUUUAAUCCCAAGUCUAGUAAGCAGGCAAAAGAUGUGUCCCGCAUGCGUUCAGUCCUCAUCUCACUCAAGCAGGCUCCGCUGGUUCGCUGAAGCAAAGCUCAAUGGAAACACUACAGAUGCAAUAUCUUAACCUUACUCAGAGAAGCUAUGUUUGCAGUAAUUUGAUUAAUUGUUUCAAUGUGUUUUUUUGGACCACAUCAUGAUGUAUCUAGGGCUGAUCAUUGUUUGAUUGCAUGUUCUUCCUGAUGUUUCCUUUCUGUGUCUGAAAUGGGAGAACCUCCAAAACUGUAGUCUCUGUGCUGUUGUGCACUGAGGUGUCACUUCCCACAUUACUGAUAUUAAAGAUCUGUUAAACAGCAAAAUGUGUUGACUUUGGAU